AUGAAACUUGUAAGCAUUAGUUUUGCAGGGUUUCAAUCAUGCCACUUGCUUCUUGGUAUUGCUCUUGCUGUAUGUUUUAACCAAGUCUACUCCACCACCAAUGAAAUGGACAGACUUGCGCUCCUUGCAUUUAAGGCCGGCAUAAGCGGAGAUCCUUUCGGCGUGCUCAACUCAUGGAACAAUUCCAUUGGGCUUUGCCAGUGGUAUGGCAUUACGUGUGCCAAGAAGCAUCAGAGGGUCAUGGUCCUGGACUUGCAAUCACAAGAUCUCUCUGGAUCAAUUUCACCUCAUAUCGAAAACCUCGGCUUCUUACGGGAAAUGUUGCUCCAAAACAAUAGUUUCAAUCAAGAAAUUCCUCCACAACUCAGCCGGCUGCACCGCCUUCAUGUCUUACAACUAGACAGCAAUUCAUUAGUUGGUGAAAUUCCCAUAAACAUAUCAGCUUGCUCUAACCUUGUUCACCUCAUCCUUCCAUUUAACCAGCUAACUGGAGAAAUACCUACGGAAGUCGAUUCAUUAUUGAAGUUACGGAUAUUUUCCGUGUAUGGAAAUAAUCUCACUGGGAGUGUGCCUUCCUCCAUUGGGAACUUAUCUUCACUGGAGCAGCUAUAUUUAACCCAGAACAACUUGGGCUGGAGCAUUCCCCAAGUUCUAGGCCACCUGACAAACCUGCAAUACAUUAGCUGCGCAAGAAACAGAUUAUCGGGUACAAUUCCAUUUUCAUUACUCAAUCUCUCUUCGCUAACUGUGUUUGAUGCUGGAUCCAACCAGAUACAGGGGGCUCUUCCUGCAGGUGUUCUCCCCCCAAAUUUGGGGAAUCUACAAAGUCUAGGGAAACUGCAAUUAAGUGAUAACAACCUGAGAGGGAUUAUCCCAUCUUCUUUAGGAAAUCUAACCAAGCCUAUUGAACUAUAUCUUGGUGGGAACAACUUUCAAGGGCAAAUUCCUUCACAUCUAUCAAACUGUCGAUCUCUUGAUUUGCUUGAUCUGUCUAAUAACAAUCUCAGCGGUGCCAUACCCCCACAGCUUAUAGGUCUCUCAUCAUUAGCGAUCAUCUUGAACUUGUCUGGUAACCAUUUGACUGGGGUUUUACCCACAGAAGUUGGCAACUUGAGGGCUUUGACUGCGUUGGACAUCUCACACAAUUUUUUGGUAGGUGAAAUCCCAAGUAGUUUGGGUGAGUGCACUCAAUUGACAUCACUGAGAAUGGGGGGCAACUUCUUCCAUGGCUCCAUUCCUCAAUCAAUCAGAUCGCUAGGAGGCAUUGAAGAACUAGAUCUUUCAUGCAACAAAUUCUCAGGUCAAAUUCCUGAAUUCUUAGCAGUAUUUCGUUUCUUGAAACUUCUAAAUUUAUCGUACAAUAAGUUUGAAGGCAUGUUACCAUGUGAAGGAAUCUUUAAUAAUUCUACCGGUACUUCUAUUAUUGGGAAUAAUGAGCUCUACGGCGGAUUGCCAGAAUUUCAUCUCCCCAAUUGCAUAUCCAAAAGCUCUAAGAGCCGAAAGAUCAAUAUAUCAAUAUUGUUCGCUUAUGUUGCUUCUGGAGUACUUGGAAUAGAUCUUAUUUUAGCUUUAAUAUAUCUUCGUUGGUUGAAGAAGAAAACAAAUGAAUCGGUUUCAAGUUUGAUGGAUGAUUCAUAUCCGGACAUAUCUUAUGGAACACUCCUAAAAGCAACCGAUGGUUUUUCUUCAGCGAAUUUGAUCGGUGUUGGAAGCUUAGGUUCUGUUUUCAAGGGGGUACUCAAGGAUAAUGGAACUGCUGUUGCCGUGAAGGCGCUUCAUUUAUUCCAUCACAGUGCUAUGAAGAGCUUCAUAGUUGAGUGCGAGGCAUUAAAGAAUAUCAAGCAUCGAAAUCUUUUGAAAAUAUUGACAAUUUGCUCAAGUAGUGAUUAUCAAGGAAAUGAUUUUAAGGCCAUAGUUUAUGAAUUCAUGGAUAAUGGUAGCUUAGAAGAGUGGCUACACCCAAAUGCAACAUCAUCUCAUGGGAAUGAACUUCCGAAAAAGUUGAAUUUCAUUAAGAGGAUCAAUAUUGCAAUUGGUGUUGCUUCUGCACUCGAUUAUCUUCAUCACCAGUGCCAUAUCCCCAUCAUUCAUUGUGAUCUAAAGCCAAGCAAUAUCCUCUUAGAUGCUGAGAUGAUCGCACAUGUUAGCGACUUUGGAUUGGCGAAAUUCCUUCUUGGAUCAUCCCUUGGUGAAAUUCCUUCUUGGAUUGGUCACUUUGGUUAUGCUCCCCCAGAAUAUGCAAUGGGGUGCGAGAUUUCAAGAGAAGGUGAUGUCUACAGUUAUGGCAUUCUCUUGCUGGAGAUGUUCACAGGAUUGAGUCCCAUUGGUAAUACAUUUAGAGACAAUUUGACUCUUCAUAGUUUUGUCAUAGAAGCUUUGCCUGAAUGA